AUGGCGUCUGGAACACCACAGCUGUUCAAUGUCAUUGUGAUAGGUGCCGGAUCUACCGGUCUGCUCCUGGCACAGGGCCUGAAACAGAAUGGUAUCCCGUGUACCGUGUAUGAGCGAGAAGACCACACCACCUAUCAGAACCGGUCGCGCGAGUGGGGCAUGACCUUGCACUGGGGCGCCGAGUAUCUGUCCAAGUGCAUCCCUCCGGACCUGGUGGCCAGCAUCAACGACAACAUCUGCUGCGACCCGUUCUUCAAGGGCAAAGUCACGUCGCUGCCCAUAUACAAUGGCGCGACCGGUGACAAGCUCUUUGAGAUGGAAGGCAUGGACCCAAGACGGGUAUCACGGAAGAAGCUGAGGAAUUUCUUGAGCCAGGGGAUCGACGUGCAGUAUGGUAAGAGGUUGGCGUCCGUCACGGUCGACACAGAUGCGGGUGAUUCCGUGACGGCGUUCUUCGAAGACGGGACAAGAGCAUCCGGUUCUCUCCUGGUGGGCUGCGACGGAGCUCAUUCGACGGUGCGCAGAUUCCUGGUCGGCGAGGAGCUGGCCAAGGAGGAAAUAAUGGACAUCCAAAUGUUCAACGUCAGCUGCGCGUUCCCCAGAGAGAUCGCCGAGUACUUGCGCUCGAUCCACCCGAUCUUCAAGCACAGCUACCACCCGGACAACUUCACCUGGUGGAACUCGAUCCAGGACGUGACCGACCCGGACAAGCCCGAGACGUGGCUUUUUCAGAACCUGCUCUCGUGGCCGGGGUCCCCAAGGCCAGAAGACCUGCCCGACCAGGCGUCCCGCCUACGGUUCUGGCGCGACAGAAUCUCCCGCUACGCCGAACCGUGGGCCACCAUCGGCAAGCACCUGCCGGAGGACCUGGUCUUCCCGACAGACCGCACCGUCGUGUGGAAGCCCGACAUGGACUGGUCGUCGUCGCCGCUCUGGCCGAGGGUGACGCUCGCGGGCGACGCCGCGCACGCGAUCCCGCCGUUCCGGGGCCAGGGGCUGAACAACGCGCUGCAGGACGCGGCGAAGCUGAUCGACGAGCUCAGCGCGGUCCCCGCCGGGAGCAAGACUCUGAGCGAAGCGGUCAGCGAGUACGAAAAGGAGAUGAAAGAACGCGCGCUGUUGGAGAUGAAGGUCUCCGUCCUCCAGGCCGAGACGGUGCAUAAUUGGGCCAGGCUGAUGGAGGCGCCCUUCAUCAAGCACGGGAUGAACAAGUAUAAGGAGGAAAAGCAAGAACAGGAGGAGAAGACGGAACAGGAGGCGAACUAA